UUGAAAUUGCUGGUAUAUUAGGACCUUCAUGUACAAUACAGAGGAUCUGCGGUCGUACAUUUUAUCAUUCUAUAUCAAAAUGGCUACAGCGGUUCAAAAUCCUCUGAAAUCGCAAUCAAGUGGAGCUGUCAUAAAGAACAGCCUGGGUGAAGAGUUCUAUCGUGAGGCAAUCGAACACUGCCGGAGCUACAACGCACGCCUAUGUGCUGAGCGCUCCAUGCGUCUGCCUUUCCUGGACUCCCAGACUGGUGUGGCACAGAGCAACUGUUACAUAUGGAUGGAGAAGACCCACCGAGGCCCAGGUGUGGCGCCAGGGCAGCUGUACACCUACCCUGCACGCUGCUGGCGUAAGAAAAAGCGAUUAAACAUCCUGGACGAUCCACGCCUGGGUCCCAUCGAGUUUAAAAUCGACUAUGAGGCUGCCUUGAAGAAAGAAGGAGGUGUUUCAGAGGGUCCGAUGUUGGAGUCUCUGCUCAGCGGAGAGACUUUGGAUAAGAAGGUGGAGACCAAGGAGGAAGAGGCCAUGAGCGAGUGUCAGAGUUUUCAGAGUUACACAGAAACUGGGGAGAUGCCAGAUAUCAGUGUGCUGGUGGAGUUUGUGUGCUGCCCGGGUUUGGCCUUCUUCUAUAUGUGUCCCCUGUGUGCAUGUGUGAGUGCUGCUCUGGGCUUGUGUGUGCAGAAGCUUCUGGUGGGAGACUUUCCCCAUGAACUGGAUCCAGAGGAGCCUGAGGAAGACAUGCCCAAACGCAAGAACCGCACCAAAGGCCGGGCUUGUGGAGUUGGUGGGAUGCGGAAGAGACAGGAACCGGUCUCCAUAGAGGACCGAGACAAGCCAUACGUGUGCGACAUCUGCGGAAAGCGCUACAAGAACCGCCCCGGUCUGAGUUACCACUACACUCACACACACCUGGCUGAUGAAGAGGGCGAGGAAGACUCUGAGCGCCACACGCUGCCUUUUCAGCGCAAGAACAACCACAAGCCUAAAAAGGCAGCAGACGGCUCUGUCAUCCCCAACGGCUACUGUGACUUCUGCCUGGGUGGCUCCAAGAAGACAGGCUGUCCUGAGGACCUCAUCUCCUGUGCGGACUGCGGCCGCUCAGGCCACCCGUCCUGCUUGCAGUUCACAGUCAACAUGACGGCGGCGGUGAGGACCUACCGCUGGCAGUGCAUCGAGUGCAAGUCCUGCAGUCUCUGCGGCACCUCCGAGAACGACGAUCAACUUUUAUUUUGCGAUGACUGUGACCGAGGGUAUCAUAUGUACUGCCUAAGUCCCCCUAUGGCGGAGCCUCCAGAGGGGAGUUGGAGCUGUCACCUGUGUCUGCGGCAGCUGAAGGAGAAAGCUUCUGCCUACAUCACGCUAACCUAAUUUCUACACCCGUAUCUUUGCCCCCACCCAGCCAUCGCCACAGCACAGACAUGACAGAGACCUCCUCUCCACCUCCCUCUCCACCCUCUGCCCACGCACACAAACUCACAUCCUGCUGUAGCCUGCUGGGUGCCUGUCAUCCUCCAGUCUGGGGAGAGAGCAGUACCCCCACACUUUGCUGGUCUACCCGUUGUCUCUGGUAGAUAUCUUUCUCUGUGCUGGCCCACAUCUUUUGCUGGUCUCAACGGACCCCUCCGUAUCUCCAUAAUCUCCAGUCACUCCAGAGGUCUCCCUUUUCUUAUGGAUUAGGGACCAUCUUGUUUUGAUGUACAAGUUUAUUAGUCAAGUACUUAGUCAAGGUGCACAGGACGGCUUGUUCCCAGGAGAGGCGUCUAACACGUGGCUUGAGAGUUCACUCGACUGGGGAAAGGUCCAGCGCGACAACACAUCAAGCACUCAUGAGGAAGAUGUCAGAGAUGUGGUGGUUCCCUGCAUGACUCUUGGUUGCCAGAGUACUGAUAACAAGAUUAUUCAGCUAUCGCGCCACCCACUCUGGUCAGCUCUCUAAGGCAUGCAUGGGCAAGUCAUGUGAGCAUAUUUAGCCACAAGAAUUGGUCUUAUUCAGCCUAUAAUUAGAGCAGAGCUCAUUAAACCUCUGAGAGAUAAAUGAAUUCAUAUAUAAUUGAGCUCCUUUUGAGGUACAACUUGUGCUGUGGAGUCCAACCCAUCAGAUCAAAGACGUCUGAUUGGAGUGAAAUUCAUGACCUGCGGUCUUAUGAGGACCUCCUGUGCCAUCCAGGAGUGGCUUGCUGGGAAUUACAGAUUUGUUUGUAAGUUUCUAACUCUUUAACACUUUGGUCUUGUAAACCAGUUGUAUGAACAGAAUCUCCUUCAGGCUCCAGGAGUCUGGAGGCGCAUGCCCUUCUGCUUGGGUGGGACUUACUUUGCAACAAAAGCUGAACAGAAGACACCCCCUCACUACCCUCCGACUGUACAUUCUAACCUAGAGCUCCUGCCUUUCUUCUGAAAAAGCCAACAUAAGAUUUUCUCUCUGUCCAGGUGUGUUUGCCAGGAUGUAUAUUAAUUAAUA